GUCAAAAAAGAGGACGCGGGAAAACGGCUCACAUGAUUUUAGGUUGUUAUGUGGUUGUUUGGAGCAGCACUUCCUGCUUUGGGGCGUUCGUUUGUGUUAUGACAAUGAACUGGCGAACGUUAAGCCGACAGGUUUAAAUAUAUUCGACCAAUAGAAAAAAAUCCGCAAAAUAAAAAUCCGCAAUUUGCGGGAGUACUAGGCUUUAUUCUGGUUAUCAGCCAUAAUCUGCAAUAUUACAGAUCAGUUCAAGUUAGUGCGACACAAACAAACCAACCUGAAAACUCGGGUUACCUACUCGAAAAAAACUAUAAACGGUACACAUCCCAAAUCAGCUGAGUUUAGUUUGACGUUUUAAAUUUGACAUCUUGACCUCAAGAAUUUAUUAUUUUUAGUAUCUGAAAGAAAAUUUAUUUUUAUCUUGGCCUGAAUUCCUUCCUAAAUUAUUAUCUUAUCACCAAUUUAUAAAUGAAACAUAAAUAAUGAAUAAAUAGAAAGUGAUGUGUUGCACAAAAUACCACUGCCGCCAAGUCAGUAAUUUAACAUAGGAGAGGAAAAUCUGAUCAAAUGUCACAUCAUUGACCACUUUCCAAAUUUUUGUCUCAAAUUAACUUUCAAUUAUUAUUAAAUAAUGAUUAGUAGUGCCUAGCCACGUUAGUGUUCAGAAGUACCUACUUGAGUGAAAAAGCGAAUAUUUCCUAUAGAACCUUAGGAGUUUUUUAAAAAAAAUUAUGACCGAAGAAGCUGCAUCAUUGGGCCUUGUGGGUUAUUUAGCCCAAACAGUUGGGGUUACUGAACCAGCCUUUCGAUUAAUUGUAGGAGUCCUAUUAGGUUAUCCACUUGCUCAAAUUUACAGAAAAUAUAUAUACAAUCAAGAUGAGCAAAAACAGUGUCUAUAUUUCAUUUUGUCGGGAUUAUCCAUAGGAUUUUGGAAUUUUGGAUUGGGCUUGCUGCACUGUUUACUGUCAAUAUUUGUAACUUAUGCAGCAAUAUCUUGCUUGAGUGGUCUUGCUAUGGUCAGCGUAGUUUUUGGUUUUAAUUUUGCUUACUUAUUAGUGGGAUAUAUUUAUUCGAGCACUGAUUCCUAUGAUAUAACCUGGACUAUGCCCUAUUGUGUCUUGGUUUUAAGGCUCAUUGGUGUGACUUAUGACGUAUAUGACGGGGCACGCCCCAAAGAGAAACUUUCUUCUGACGCGUUAAAAUCGGCCCUCAAAGAGCCCCCUACUCUUCUUCAAAUUUUAGGACACAGUUUCUUUCCUUCUGCCUUUUUAGUAGGACCACAGUUUAGCAUGCGAAGAUUUUUGGAUUUUAUUAAGGGAGACUUCCACUCAAAGGGACCGAAUGGUGAAAUUUUGCCUCCAGCCUCAACAUCAGCCGCCCUAAAAAGAAUGACUCUAGGCAUAUUCUAUAUGGCAUUUUUCCAAUUUUUGAGUUUUUUUGUAAGUGACGACACAAUAAUAUCUGACGACUUUGCACAAUUGAAUAUAUUCAAACGGCAAUUUUUGCUUGGCGUUUGGGGACGUUUCACUUUGUACAAAUAUAUUUCUGUUUGGCUGUUAACUGAAGGAGCCUGUAUUCUUUUUGGAAUAUCGUAUAAUGGAGAAGAGAAUGGAGUUGCCAAAUGGAACGGUGUUUCCAAUAUAAAAUUGUGGAUUUUUGAAUCUUCAACUGAGUUUAAUCACUACAUAAUGUCAUUCAAUGCCAAUACAAAUCAGUGGGUAGCACAACAUAUCUAUAAAAGACUUAAAUUUCUGAACAACAAAUAUAUUUCUCAAGGGGGCGUUUUGCUGUUUUUGGCAGUGUGGCAUGGACUUCACAGUGGCUACUAUGUGGUCUUUCUGCAUGAGUUCGUUGUGAUGUAUGUGGAAAGAGAUUUUCAAUCAUUUGUGAAAUCCAACAAGGCAGUUUCAGCAUUUUUCGCCAAUCCUUUAGUGAAACCUGUUUGCAAAGUUUUACUGCACAUGUAUACUUUUGUAUUUAUGGGUUGGUCAUUGCUUCCACUUGUUUAUUUGCAAUUUCCAAGAUAUUGGAGAGCUUAUUCAAAUUGCGGCUAUAGUGGAUUUAUUUUGUGGUAUUUGUGGCCAUUGCUUUACGCUCCGUUGUUGCGUAAAAUUUUCAAAAAAUCACACCAAUCGCAAAGCUGAUGAGAAUAUUUUACAAACCAAUCCGAACUUAAAAGUCACAACUAGCAAAGAGCAACAAUCGUUGAUAAUAAUGAUUUAUUUAUUCAAAACUUAUUAAUCAUGUUUCAUAUUGAGAUUUUUAACUUUAGACUGUAGUCACCUGAUAAUUAUUAUAUCGAUUGAUGAUUCAUGACUGAGUAAAGACUUGCAAUUAAAACGUUAGCAAUUGAAAUUGAUCUAGAAAGACUGUUAUUUUCGUAAAAUUCAACGCAUAAUAAUUAAGGAAAAUUUCUAUAGCCAGUUUUUAUUUUGACAAGAGUUAUUAUAUACCAGUUGCUGGGAAGGAAAAAAAAAUUAAAUAAAUCCCUUGUACUUUCAUUUGAAAAAAUAAUUUGGAAGUGAGUGUGCAAUUUUGAAAACUUGGUUCAUUAUGGUAUUUAGAAUCCGUUAGUUUAUGGGAAAAUUUCCUUAAGUAAUAGAAAAAGAGGCUCAUUUAAAGCGAGCCAGAAAGCUAUUUAAAGUAAAAGUAUUAUUAGGAGAUUAUAUGAGGUUUUUUUCAAUUUACUUACAUUUUUCCCAGGGACUGGUUUAUUAUUUAUUUAUUCCUAGAUUGAUAUAGGUAUUUAUACUAUUUUUAGAUGCUGCUUUAUUGUUAGUAGCCAGGUACGCUUUCUUUUCUAAAAUUUUUCGUCCAAAACAUAAGUAUUUCAGCUAUUGUAUUAGACUUUAAAAUCUGUAGUCAUUUAUUUCCCAAUUUUUCAAAUGGAAACUUCAAUGCUGCCAAAGAAUAUGGAAUUAUAUAUAACUUUGCUUAAAUGGGAAAUAUUUUUUUUGUAUUAAUUUAAAUUCGUCCAUUUUACUUUUUACUUAAACUAUUAAGUGUGAUUUUUUCGCACAAUUCUUUCUCAAGCGGGUAAAAAAUUAACUUUCCACACAGCUCUCAAAACCUUUCUUGCCGGAAAAAUUAAUUUUGGGCUCGCUUAUUAAAACAAAAUAUAUUCUAUCACUGUUUUUACAAUAAUAAUUAUAAUUUUUUUAGUUUAGAAAGGAAAAGGUGAUAUUUUAAAGUACGUAAUUAAAGAGAAAAAUUUAGCACAAAUAAAUUUUUUGAUUUUAUUCUUUUUGUUUUUGUUCUAUUUACUCUUUUAUUUUGGAUUUAUUUUCAAAUUGC